GCGGCUCGGAAAAUUUGCCUUGGUUGGAAUUCCAGUCUGCGGCUGUUUUAAACCCUCGUCGCCGCCUGUGCUGCCGCACGCCUACCGCUUUCCUCCCCCCGCUCGCUCAUGUUAUGGCGCUGAUCUUCCUCCGUACCAUUUCAAGAAGAACCCGUAGUGGUUUUGUUCCACUCUUCCCCUUAUCUCCCAUCUCAAACCCGCUACCUCUUGUCUCCUGUUCUGCUACUACCCAUCUUAUCCACGGCCUCCGCCGAUCUCCGCCAGCAUGGCUGCACCUCCACCUUCUACGAUUUUGUGGAGUCCCCAACUCGGAGGAUACCAGAUUUACUCCCUUUCUGACCGAGGACGAUUCUUCGAAGAAGAAGAGGAAGAACAAGCACGCCAAGAAGAAACCCCGGGUGGAUUUUACUAAGAUCGAUCCCUCGGUGCUCCCCACUGUGAUCCUCGUCGGCCGUCCAAACGUCGGAAAGUCUGCCUUAUUCAAUCGCUUGAUUCGGAGGAGGGAGGCUCUUGUUUAUAACACUCCCGACGAUCAUGUCACUCGGGACAUCAGAGAAGGCAUUGCCAAAUUGGGGGAUUUGAGGUUCCGUGUGCUGGAUUCUGCUGGGUUGGAGACGGAAGCCACUUCGGGAAGUAUUCUUAGUAGGACGACAGAUAUGACCGCCAACGUGCUUGCGAGGUCCCAAUUUGCUAUCUUGCUGAUAGACGUGAGGGAUGGAUUGCAGCCACUUGACCUGGAAGUUGGAAAGUGGCUCCGGAGGCAUGCACAUGGAAUUCGAACCAUUGUGGCCAUGAAUAAAUCUGAAUCACUUGAUGAACAAGGAUCGCUUACUGCUGAGGCAGGUCAAGCAUACACCUUAGGAUUUGGUGAUCCAAUUGCAAUAUCAGCAGAGACUGGCUUUGGAAUGGCCGAGCUUUAUGAGAAUCUUCGCCCAUUGUUAGAAGACUAUAUACUUCAACGCCCUGAAGAUGAACAUGCCCAUGAUGAUACUUAUCCAGAGAUGGAGGAUAAUGGUGAGUGCAAGUCACCAUUGCAGCUUGCAAUUGUUGGGCGCCCAAAUGUCGGGAAGUCUACUCUUUUGAAUGCAUUGCUACAAGAAGAAAGAGUUCUAGUUGGACCAGAAUCUGGAUUGACUAGAGAUUCAAUCAGAACCCAAUUCACAUUUGAAGAACGGACUGUAUAUUUGGUAGACACAGCCGGAUGGCUACUGAGAGCAGGGAAAGAAAAGGGACCUGCGUCUUUAAGUGUUAUGCAGUCAAGAAAAAAUCUUAUGAGGGCUCAUGUGAUUGCUUUAGUACUAGAUGCUGAGGAGAUUGCAAAAACUAAGACAAGUUUGAAACAUGCUGAAGUACUUAUUGCUCGCCGAGCAGUGGAUGAAGGCCGUGCGUUGGUGGUAAUUGUUAACAAGAUGGAUUUGCUUUGGGGGAGAAGAAGCACAAUGAUACGUGAAAAAGUCAUAAAUGCUGUUCCGAAAGAAAUUCAGAUGGUCAUUCCCCAGAUUACAGGUAUACCUGUGGUCUUUGUUUCGGCGUUGGAGGGAAAGGGUCGGGUAGCUGUAAUGCAUCAGGUAGUGGAUGCUUACCAGAAGUGGUGUCUAAGACUACCAACGGCACGCCUAAAUCGCUGGUUGCGAAAGGUUAUGAGCAGGCACUCCUGGCGAGACCAAGCGACUCAACCUAAAAUCAAGUAUUUUACGCAAGUCAAAGCUCGUCCACCGACAUUUGUUGCCUUUUUAAGCGGGAAGAUGCAACUCUCAGACACAGAUAUUAGAUUUUUGACCAAGUCCCUGAAGGAAGACUUUGAUCUUGGUGGGAUCCCAAUCCGCAUUACACAGCGAUCUAUACCUAGAAAAGCUGUAACCAGCAAGAGGAGCAGAAAGCUGCCCGCCCGAACCAAAGUGAGAAUUCUAUCAGGAAAACGAUCUACAUCGCAGGAACUCAUUUCUCCGUAAUGGGGCUCUCCUUUAAAUAUGCAAAUAGUCAGUCCAAUGUCUGGAUCCAGUGGUUGCUAGGAACCAAGAGGUUCUCUAAGAACAGGCUUAUCAUUCUGGUACCCAGGUACUUUUAACAUUGUAGAUGACCUUCUCCAUUUUGAAAAGGAAUGAAGAAAGAGGAAAGGAGCUCUCUUCCAACAUAGCUUUAUCAUUCCAAGAUUGACUUACAGACUUCGGAAACCCUUGGACAAUGGAUUUCCGUGAUGCUUAGUAUUUUAUGAGAAGAUGGGUAAUUUUGGAUCAGCAAGAGAAAGUGGUCAAUAAUACAUUAUUAAUAUCCUCCAACUGGUGCUUUAGAGGCCAUUGCAUUUUCUGUGGAGCUUGCUGCAAUGAGAUUCAUUGGUCGUGUGGAGAAUUUUCCUUGCACAAUAAAUUAGCAAAUCCUCUUGUCUAAUUUGGAAAACAUGGCCAAGUUAUUUUUGCUUUUGUUGUGUGCGGUUGUAAUCUACCAUUCUCCACAAAAUGUUUUUUUAGUCCCAAUCAUGCAGACAAAUUCUUUUAAGUGUUCUACAAAUAAAAGACAUUUAUGUUUUUUCAAA